AGUAUUUGCGGUAGUACGUGGUUUUGAUAUGGACAGUCCUGUUAACAAAAUAAACAGUGACAGCGCUAUUGAAAUGGAUAAGCCAGUUUUUCGAGAUUUGUUUCGACUAAGGUGAGGGUCCGACACUUUCGAUUUUGUUCAUGGAGACUCUUUCGAAUGACUCCAAAGAAGCUAGAUCGUUUUGAAAGAAAUUGCUAUUGGUUUAGCCGAAGUGUAUUUCCUCUUGGGUAAGCGCACUAUGCUGCCUCCUUGAGUCCAAAAGCACUCCAGCGCCGUGUAGGCUAUAACAUUACACUGAACACACAGUGAGAACGCCACACACCACCAGUAGUACAUUGUUACAAUGCUCGUAUUUCCUGCAACAUUGCUUUUUUAAUGUCUCCGCGGAAAAACGUUCGUCCUUUCAACGCGUUGCGAGCAGGGAGUACCCGCUAAGUGGAAGCUGACGGAUGUGGACAGUCGAAGAGCAAAUAUGAGAGGGGUUCGCCGUAAAAUGUCAAGAGGUUGACAGAAAUGGAUUGCUGAGAGAGCGGCUGGCGCUGAUUUGGGAUUUUCGGGACAGGUCGCGCCUAUCACCAUGACCAUAUUCAACCAAGAGAAUGUUGAGGACUAUUACGAAAUCGGAGAUGAGCUUGGAAGUGGGCAGUUCGCCGUGGUCAAAAAAUGCCGGGAGAAGAACACGGGCGUGGAGUACGCCGCCAAAUUCAUCAAGAAGCGGCGAAGCAAGUCCAGCCGACGCGGGGUGACCAAGGAGGACAUCGAGAGGGAGGUCAGCAUCCUCAAGGAGAUCCAGCACCCCAACGUCAUCACGCUGCACAACGUGUUCGAAAACAAGACCGACGUCAUCCUCAUACUGGAACUAGUCGCGGGGGGAGAGCUUUUCGACUUCCUGGCGGAGAAAGAGUCCCUGACCGAGGAGGAGGCCACCGAAUUUCUCAAGCAGAUCCUGGACGGCGUCUUCUACCUGCACUCUAAGCGGAUCGCCCACUUCGACCUGAAGCCGGAGAACAUCAUGUUGCUGAACAGAACGGUUCCUCACCCGCGAAUUAAGCUCAUCGACUUUGGCCUGGCUCACAAGAUCGACUUUGGCAACGAUUUCAAAAACAUCUUUGGGACUCCGGAAUUCGUAGCUCCAGAAGUGGUGAAUUAUGAACCUCUCGGACUGGAAGCUGACAUGUGGAGUGUCGGGGUGAUAACAUACAUACUUUUGAGCGGCGCCUCCCCCUUCCUCGGGGACAACAAGCAGGAGACUCUGGCCAACGUCUCCGCCGUCAACUACGAGUUCGACGAGGAGUUCUUCAGCAACACCAGCGCCCUGGCCAAAGACUUCAUCGCAAGGCUGCUGAUCAAAGAUCCAAAAAAAAGAAUGACAAUUCAGGACAGCCUACAACAUCCUUGGAUCAAGCCAAAGGACACGCAACAAGCACUUAGCAGGAAGGAAUCUGCAGUCAACAUGGAGAAGUUUAAGAAGUUCGCAGCCAGGAGAAAAUGGAAGCAAUCAGUGCGGCUCAUCUCCCUGUGCAACAGGCUCUCUAGAUCCUUCUUGUCCCGGAGCAACAUGAGCGUUGCCCGCAGCGACGACACCUUGGAUGAGGAAGACUCUUUUGUGAUGAAGGCGAUCAUUCACGCCAUUAAUGACGACAACGUGCCGGGUCUACAGCACCUUCUUGGAUCCCUAACAAGUUACGAUGUGAACCAGCCAAACAAGCACGGAACUCCCCCUCUUCUAAUAGCGGCUGGCUGCGGAAACAUCCAGAUCAUUGACGUGCUCAUGAGGAAGGGAGCGGAAAUCCAGGCCCAUGACAAGUCUGGAUCGAACGCUGUGUACUACGCUGCGAGGCACGGCCAUGUUGGAACCUUGAAAUUCCUACAUGAAAAGGAAUGCCCUCUGGACAUCCAAGAUAAGUCUGGAGAGACAGCCCUUCACGUAGCGGCAAGGUAUGGGAACGUGGACGUGGUCCAGUACCUGUGCAGCAUACACGCCAACCCCAACCUGACCGACAGGGAGGAAGAGACCCCCCUACACUGCGCGGCCUGGCACGGCUACUCCUCCGUGGCCCGGGCCCUGUGCGAAGCCGGCUGCAGCGUCAACGUCAGGAACCGGGAGGGGGAGAGCCCCCUCCUCACCGCCUCCGCCAGGGGCUUCCGCGACAUCGUGGAGUGCCUCCUGGAGCAUGGGGCCGACUUGGACUCCACUGACAAAGACGGCCACAUUGCCCUGCACCUGGCCGUGCGCAGGUGUCAGGUGGAGGUGGUGAAGUGCCUGCUCGGCCACCACUGCUACGUCGACCACCUGGAUCGCCACGGCAACACCCCGCUGCACAUCGCCUGCAAGGACGGCAACCUGCCCAUCGUCUCACUCCUCCUGGAGGCCAGAGCUAGCCUGGACAUCCCCAACAAAUACGGAAAAACUCCCCUGCACCUGGCUGCCUCCAACGGAGGCCUCGAAGUCGUACGACACCUCUGCGCUGCUGGAGCAAACACCGACGCCAUCACCAACGAUGGGAAGUCGGCCGAGGACCUGGCCAGCAUGGAGCAGCACGAGCACAUCGCUCUCCUGCUGGGGAAGCUAAAAAAGGACACGCACAAAGGCAGCUACAUCCAGCAGCUGAGGGCCAGCCAGACCCCGCAGCCGCGGAUCAAGGUGAAGCUGUUCGGCCAUUCGGGCUCAGGGAAGAGCACCCUGCUGGACUCCCUCAAGUGCGGGAUUCUGCGCAGCUUCUUCAGGAGGAGGCGACCCCGCAUCUCCUCCACCAACUCAUCCCGCUUCCCCCCCUCUUCCCCCGUCUUCAACAAACCUGCAGUCUCUGUCAGUAUUUCCAACCUGUAUCCCGGGUGCGAGAAUGUUAGCGUGCGCAGCCGCAGCAUGAUGUUCGAGCCCAGCCUCACCAAGGGGGUCCUGGAGGUCUUCUCCCCCGUCCACAGCGCCCUCUCCACCGCCGACGACCAGACCACCAAGGCCAUCGACAUCCAGAACGCCAACCUCAAUGGAGUGGGGGAUUUCUGCGUGUGGGAAUUCUCUGGCAACCCGGUCUACUACUGCUGCUAUGACUACUUCGCAGCCAAUGACAUCACUGCCAUCCACCUGGUCCUCUUCAGCCUGGAGGAGCCGUACGAGGUCCAGCUCAACCAGGUCACCUUCUGGCUCAACCUGCUCAAGUCCCUCACCCUGCCCGAGGACAACAUCGCCUUCAGCGGGAAGACAAAAAACCCCCUGCAGGUGGUGCUGGUGGCCACACACGCAGACAUUGUCAACCUGCCUCGCGCCUUUGGAGGGGAGUUUGGCUACGACAAGGAGAGGUCUCUCCUUAAAGAAGUCCGAGCCAGGUUUGGCCAUGACCUGCAGAUCUCUGAUAAGCUUUUUGUCAUGGAUGCCGGGGCGUCCAACUCAAAAGACAUGAAACUGCUGCGAAACCAUCUUCAGGAACUUCGAAAUUCUAUCGUUUCUACGUGCCAGCCCAUGACCAUGCUGUGUGAGAAGAUCAUCGCCACGCUGCCAUCCUGGAGGAAGAUGAACGGCCCCAACCAGCUCAUGUCCUUGCAGCAGUUUGUGCUGGACGUACAGGAGCAGAUCAACCCCCUGGUCAGCGAGGAGGACCUGCGGGAGGUGGCCUCCCAGCUGCACAGUAUGGGGGAGAUCAACAUCAUGCAGAGCGAGACCGUGCAGGACGUGGUGCUGCUGGACCCGCGCUGGCUCUGCGGCGGCGUUCUGGCCAAAAUCCUGUCCAUAGAGACGCCCAAGGCCAUCCACCACUACAGGGGGCGCUACCGGCUGGAGGAGGUGCAGGGCCUGGUGGGGGAGAGCGACGUGGACGAGCUGCUGCAGAUCCUGGACGCCAUGGACGUGUGCGCCCGCGACCUCAGCAACCCCGCCAUGGUGGACAUCCCCGCCCUCAUCAAGACCAACGGGCUCCAGCGCUCCUGGACCGAGGAGGAGGAGGAGGCGCUGGUCUACGGCGGGGUGAGGGUGGUUCCCGCCGAGCACCUGACCCCCUUCCCCUGCGGGCUCUUCCACAAGCUGCAGGUCAACCUCUGCCGCUGGAGCCACCAGCAGAAGCCAGAGGGGGACGACGUCCGGCUGUGGAACAACGGCGCCAAGAUCUCGCACGCGGGCGCCGAGGUGAUGGUGCUGCUGGUCAACCACGGCCAGGGCGUGGAGGUGCAGGUUCGCGGGCCCGACUCGGACCGGGUCAAGUGCUACGGCCUGCUGGACAUUAUCUGCAGCAUCAUCGACAGCCUGCUGGCCACCACCCUCCCAGGCCUCCUGACAGCCAAAUACUACCUGAGCCCCCAGCAGCUGCGGGAGCACCACGGCCCUGCCAUGAUCUACCAGCCCAGGGACUUCCACAGGGCCCAGGCCCAAAGGGAGACCUCGCUCACCAACACCAUGGGAGGCUACAAGGAGAGCUUCAGCAGCAUAUUGAGCUUUGGCUGCGCGGAGGUCUACCAGCAGGGCAGCGUGGGGACCGACGUCCACAUGUCGGAGGUCUGCCUCUUGGCCAGGAGGAAGCUCAGCCGGCUCCUGGACCCCCCGGACGCCCUGGGGAAGGACUGGUGCCUGCUGGCCAUGAACCUGGGCCUCUCCGACCUGGUGGCCAAGUACAGCGCCCCCAACGGGACGCCCCCCAACGGGACGUCCCAGCCCAGCCCCACGGCCGUGCUCCUGCAGGAGUGGAGCGGGCGGCCCCAAAGCACCGUGGGCGUCCUCAUGGCCCGGCUCAGAGAACUCGGGCGCCGGGACGCCGCCGACUUCCUGUUGAAGGCGGCGCCCGUCUUCCGGGUCAACCUGGAGGCACCCGCCCCGGACAGCUACGGCCCCACCUGCAACGGCGGGACGUCCUACAACUCUAUAAGCUCGGUCAUAUCCCGGUGAAGGAGAGCAAGGUUUGGGACACUAAGUGCAAUCCUUAUGGGGACCGCCCACUCCUCCAGUACUCCACUGUACAAAAACUAGUCAACAGCCACAGGGAAGCUAACCUAAAUCUGAUUGGUGUCCUCACCGAGGCCCUUCUUUUAUGAAUGGUUUAUUUUUCUGGUUGGCCCCGAAAGAAUGAUUCAUGCAACUUUUAUUUUUUGUAAAUUCCCAAACACAAAUUAGUGCCACUGCCACCUUAUUGUUAUCUCAUUAACAUCAUAAUUAAUUGAUAGCCGCUUUUGUGAAACUUCAUCAACAUUCGGUGUUCUUUUAUGAAACUGGGAUUGUUUUAUGUAUUUAAAAUAAAGUCCUUGCUUUUAGCCGUUUACUUAAAAAUUCUUAAAUUUAGAAACUAUUUAAAUUAUAUGUGUGGCAGCAUGAACUGUAAAGAGUUCAGAAAAAUGAGUGCCUUUGUGUGAUGGUUUGCUGUUAUCAGUCUAACCAUCCUUUUAGACCAUUGUAUUAGACGAGCCCUCUACCUCCCCAAAAGAGCCUUGCCAGGGAAGGUGUGUUUACCAAAAGAGGUUUCCACGCACAAUUUUUGCCCCCUUUUGGAGGAAACGCCCAACAAAGAAAAGAAACAAACAUACCUACCUAGAAAUAGACAACCCUGUGAAAUUCCAGUACUGGAGAUGGAAGAGAUCCACAGAGAGCUGCUUCUUGGGAGGAAUUCAGUCCUGUUUUCUCAGAGUGAAUAUAGCAAGGUAAAGCAGUGUUAUCCAACUGUAAUCUUCAGGGGAGGAAAUAGCACAAGUGCUAGUCCUGGAGACAGACAGGUAGCAGACGGGCUUAGACCCGUAAACUUUUGUCACCCUGUAUUUUUUCUUAUUUUUCCAGCCGGAACACAACAGGUUAACCACGACACCCCUAACUCCGCUUCUGUGACGAAGGGAUGUUAAAAGUGCACAUCGUAUACAUUCCAGAUCUACCAAAAUUGUGGAAGAAUGGGAGAAAAAAAGGGCUUAUAUCUUCUGAGGAUUCAGGAACACGAGAAAAACAAAAUCUCACUAGAUGAAGUCCGAGCUAAAGAAGCUGCAUUGUUAAUUUCAUCAUGUUUCUGUUCAGUCAUUUUAAGUGCUUUAUUUCUUAGCCGCAUUUGUUCGAAAGUAUUGGUAUCACAGAUCCGCUUUUAAAGGCUGCUCCCUAAAGCAGCAGAUUAUGAAUACACAGGCCGAUUAUUCUGUCAUAUUUAUUCCACCAAACUGACUCAUUUGAUUUUUGGAGAAAAACAAAAUGUCAAAACCAAAAUGUCCCAUGAGCAUCAUUGCAAUUAAAAAAAACAAAACAGAUAUUUACAUUUAUUAAAUUUCUGACGUGCGUGUGUUCACCUCGUCCCCUUACCGUGUAAAGCAUAUUUAUAAAAUCAUGCAAGCAUGCUUGCACCAAUACAGCAUCUGUAUUCGAGUCAAACUAAGAAAAGGGUAAAUUUCAUGCAAGUGUUCUUAGAAGCGUGAUCAAGUUUUGCUACAACUGUUUAACUGUACCCAUCCUAAUAUUUUGUGAGGCACCAUUUUGAAAAAGCCCAGCUUGCUCUCCAAAGCACUCGGUGGGAAACACUGCAUGUGUCACAGUUUUUUAACCGAUUAACAAUGUUUCACAAGAUUUUUCUAAAUGAAUGCAACCAGAUUAAGUAGACCAUUUUGAUAUUUUUUAACGUUUUUGUUUUUGGUAAGGCAGUGCAUUAUUUCAAUGACCCAGAUAGGUGAACAGUUGUAACAGUAUAUGAGAAUGUACCCACAUGUAAUGAUUUUGUAAAUAACGUCAGAGGCCUUCAAGAAAUAUACUCUUGUCUUUUCUCCCUCCCAUGUUUUCUCUGUUGGUUGGAUCCAAAAGGCAUCAUUAAAAGGGUGACAUUGCCCCCCCCCCCCCAAAAAAAACAGGACAACUGGAAUGUACUAUAUCUUAAGGGUUUCAAUAUUUGCAUAGACAACAGCACAAUGGCAACGUAUCCAAGCGUGUGCUGCAUUUUCUUAUAGCCGUCUCUUUUUGUGAAGUUGUCAAAGUGUCUGCCGGAUACUACAAAGACAACAGCACAGCACAAAGACAAAGGGUGGCGGCCAUUUACGUACGGACAAUUGGGUUGCCUCUGGACUCUCAUGGUUACGUUGCAGCCGAGCUGUAAAACUAAAUCUCUGAAAGGGAAAUAAAACAAUAAUUGUAUUUUCUCAUUCCAAAAAGGCACAUUCUUACCAUGAAUGACUGUAGGAAGAACGGUAGCCUUCAAAAGUCUUAAUGUGAAAUGAUUGUGAAUUUUCGAGGGGGCUGUUCUAAAAUUUGUACUUUUCUUUGACCCAGUGGAGGUCCGAGGGAAAGGAAACAGGUGUAAGUAAGACUAUGUGUACAGCCAUCUCUUUGCACAAGAAUAUUUCUUCUAUUUAUACCAUUAUGUUCUUAAAGCAUGUCUUGGAAUGCCGUGUCCUUAAUACUUCCUUAAACUUUAUAGUGUAGUACAUUUUUUAUAAUAAACUGUUUACCUGA